UCGAGAGAACGGGCGCGCGCUAGCUCUGGUAUCUCAAAAAAACAAAAGUCGCAUGCUGUUUUUCCUCACUUGCCGGCCAGGUGAGUCCCCUCCCUGCCUUAGUCCGCGGAGCGCGACCGAUGAGUAGUGCCACGCAACGACAUUACCAUGGUACAGUGAGGAGUAGUCCGGCACGUACCUAGCUACGGCGGCAGAAACAGGGUGCCGGAGAUGAUAUUUGGAAGAGAACUUGAUCGCCCAUAGAAACAAGCAAAGCCUGCAUGGCAUUGUCUGCACCACCCUGAACGUGUUGACUUGUUGGUCAUUUCCUGUCAACACUGACUGUUCUACGAAUACUUUCGCAUCCGCUUUCAGAAUGUUGUGUCAACCACUAUUGAACAUGUUCAACUCCAAUAAGACCGACCAUGAGUUCUCGGAUCAUUUUUGCAAUAUGUGUCGACGCGCCACCGAUUUGAGCCCGCCACGGAAUCCGAAUACCUGCACAUCGAGACCGGCUAUGUCACAUCGAGGCCCAGUAUGCCAUCUACCUCACACAAUAAUCAAUUCCAAUCUUGGCUGUCGAAAUCACACCUUCCGUUUGCAAUUCAAUCGUUUCCUGGUGGAGGAUCCAGCUGUUGCUGUAUUCUCGAUCGAACAAGAAGCCCCGGUUACAGGUGUAUGGCGAGACGAAGACCGCCGAGGCUGCUACGGAUGGGCCCGAAUAUUCUCCGCAUCACGGUCUCGAUGCAAUGUGACCAUGAGUGUCGGACAGCACUGGACACUGGCGGUGUCGGAUAAGUCGAUCAGGUACUGGGGUAUGGAAGAGGGCGUCAUCCUGGUGGAUUGGGGUCAGCUCUACGACAGCUAUUUCAGGCAAUUGAAGAAGAAAAAUCAGAACAGGUCGAGAGGACUUGUAGAGCAAGAUUAUGGGCAGGACGAAGACAUGCCGCCCAACCGUACCAUGCAGCGAGUCCUUCGAACCGAUCACGGCCCGCCGGCAGCGCGAUCGACAGCUCACGAGAUCGGCACACGGUUUAGCAACGGUUUGAGGGUUGUGACAGACGCAAUUAGAAGUCGUGUUGGUGAGAGCAAACCGGGGGGAACGAGACGGGAGAGGAUCGCGCUCGCACGCGUCCCUAUAAUGUGGACGAACCCGAGCUAUCAAAGGUUGCGAUAAUAGGGACAUCACUAGCCAAUUAAUGCAAGGACAUAAUGGAUUCAUAAGCAGCAAGACCCUCCCAAGUCAUUGACGCUGUCGCGAGGUCGAUGACGUCCGUGUAAACUCUGACGCG